AUGACCACGCGCCCCUACCUCGCAGUAGCAAUCUACCACCCCCGAUACGGCAACUUCCAGCACUGGUCUCUCCACCUCCACACCUCAACGCAAGACUACAUCUACGAAGUCGACGGCGAGCAUCCGCACUUCCAAAAAGCCACAUCAACCGGCCCUCCCUCCGACUCGAACACAUUCAUCAAAUCCAUCUUCGUCAGCGAAGUCGGAGACCCGGAUAUCCCGACCAUCCAAGCCAUCGUGGACGCCGCUCGCGUCGAUAACGAGACGCUCGAAUGGGACUGUCAGGAGUAUGUCUUGGAGAUACUAGAGGCGUGUGAACAGGAAGCCGUGCUAGAGGAAGAUGAUGCAGAAUAUAUGGAGGUGAAGGAGACGUUGAAGGGGAUGCGUGGGCCGAUGCUUUGA